CCGCCUUGUCAAUAUCGGCACCAUCGUUUCAUCCAAUGCACCGGUCUCCUUGUAUGCUUGAAGUUAGAACAGCUGGAAUGGGACUUUAAACGCCACCACAUAAGAAUGCAGGCUCCGGGCCAACUUUGACGAUGUUAAUAUCUAAGGCACUGAUUGUAUCUCACCAUUUCUCUCACACCAAUCCAAAUCUACGACUACUCGCAAUGAGUGAAAACCAUAGGCCCGAUCCUCCUUCAGGAGCCUCCAGAUCCAGCCAAGCAAAUGUUCGUGAAAGCUGGAGCGCCAAACCUCUUAGAGGAGUUGGUCAGUCCCUGCGGAAAUUGAAAAAUGGCAUAACGAAAAAACUUCCUAAACCCUUCAAGCAAACACGCAACCGCACCACUGUGGCCCAGAACGUCGAACUUGAAGGCGCUUCAUCGAACCAAGAAGUCGAGGACGCGUCGCAUACCACCACAUCUGAGAUUCCCUGUGACUCCGUGAAUCAAGGGUUGUCCGGAAUACCUGCUUUACAGGUUCGGGCUGCCCCUUCUGGCGUGGAGGAAGGUCCUGAUCUCCAAUUAGUUGAUGCUGAACUUCAGGGUGCCCGUGAGGGCAAUGCCUCAGCAGGUCUCGCUGCUAUGGAUGAUUUCGAGACGACAUAUCUCCAACCUCUAAAGAUUAUCGAUGCUGUCCUUGAGAAGAUUACGGAUGUAUGUACAUCCGUACGCAAAAAUGGCGCUGGUGUGCUCUCUGCUGCAUCCAAGACUAUCAUCGCUCAAGCAGAGCGUGACCAAUCAAUCAAUAGUCUUCUCAAGAAAUUGGCUGAAGUUUACCGCUUCAUGACCCAAGAUGACAAUCUUGGCAAAAUUGAAUCGCUGUGCGAGAUUGUUGGAAAGAUCGUUCAGCAGACUCUUGAGUGCGCCCGUUUCAUCAGGGACUACUCUGAGACGAAGAGCUUUUGGAAGAGACUUGGGAAAACUGUUCUCUCGGAAACUGAUGCCAUCAUUAAUCAGUACAGCAACAUUCUGGACGAACUCAUGCAACAAUUCCGGGACCAGGUUGAUCGAGACGUGGCCGUCUUCGUUCAACGUUCGGGCGAUACCCUGGAUCUCGGGGAUAUCGCUUAUGCAAAGGGCGUAGGGCUAAAUACUAUGAAACAGUGCCUACCAGGGACGCGCACGGAGAUUCUCUCCCAGAUUACGGAUUGGAUCAAUGGCAGUGGAGAUGCUGCUGAACGUGUGCUGUGGCUAUCUGGCCCUGCAGGCACGGGCAAAUCAGCCAUCGCUCACACGAUUGCCAAGUGGUUCAAUGACAUGGGAGUGCUCGGUUCCUGUUUCUGCUUCGACAAGGCCCAAGAAGCCGAGAAACACCACGAAAAAGUUUUCUCCACCAUCGCUCGUGACCUAGCGGAUCGUGAUCCAGAGAUGAGACGAUCACUGGCGGAUUGCAGUCAAGAAUUCCACGUCGCUCAAGAACUCCAGGGAUAUUUUCCAGCAGUGGGAGAAAGCUUUUCAUGGAACCACUGA